CUCCUUCCUCCGUCCUGCCUUCCUUUCCAGAGAAGGAAAGCCAAGAAAUUUUGCAGAGAAGAGGGAAGGAAGGUCGGAGGUUGUCUCGUUGAGCAGCACGCCUUCUCUCUCUCUCUCCCUCUCUCUUUUUCUCUUUCUCUCUCCUUUGUGGCUCUGGCGUCGAUUGUUUCUGCGCGCUGAUUUCUGUCGCUUGGCAGAUCAUGGCGUGCCAUGUGAUAGGCCAACGGAGGUCGCCCUUUCUGGCGGAAGGGAUGUAUAGGGUGAGGCCGAGGAAGAGCACGGGGUCUUUGUUCUCUUUGGUGUCUUGGCCGGCGGCGGCGAAGGAGGCAGUUGAUUGCAGGCGCGCUGUGCUUUGCUGCACGGCCGCCCCGACAGCCCCCAGGGAAGAAGCGAUCAAGAGCGGCAAUGGGAUGGCGGAGAUUGGCAGGUGUCUAUUGUCCGUAUCCACGCGAGCAGAUGGAGUAGGGGUUAAGAAGGAAAACGCAGACGGUGAGGCGACGACGCGCACAGCGUCGGCCGAGAGCCUGGACCGGUGGGUGCGAGAAUCUGUGACUGAUAUUGUUCAGAAUAUUCAAGAUGCCCCCUUUCUCGUGUGCCUGUACUCAAGCACAAAAGGUGCAGCAAUGAGGUUAGAGAGAGAGUUGGUGGGAGCAGAAGAACGGAAUUGGUCGAAGAUGAAGAGUUCUCUGAGGGAGAAGGGGCCAGAUGGAAUCAUUCUGGUGGAGGAGCUCAAGGAAAUCAACAAGGAAGCAGAGGACAGCACAAGUAAAUGCUCCAAAUUGUGGGGCUUGUUGAUCCAGGGGAAAGGAAUAGAUAUUGGUGCUUGUUAUAUCCUCAAGACUACCAGGAUUUGCUCUGCUCUGGGGUUGUGCACCCACUUUUGCCUGAUUAGGGCACAGUGUUAUGGCGACACUGCUGAAGUUCAGCUAAGAAAUUCAUGGCUCAACAUGGAAUUCUGAGAUGAUCCCAGAAGCUAAGCACCCAUAUUGUGCAGCUUUGGAGGUUGAUUUUUUUGUAAAUCAAUUGAUUUGUAUAUAUUGAACAUUACAUUCACGAUUACUUAGCAAACAUCAGGAUUCAAAAUUUUCUGCUUCAAGAUCACUAGACUUGUGGAAAAUCUGUGCAUGAUUUUGAGGUGAGAAGUCAUGUGGCAACGUUCUGGCAAUGAAAUCAGGAAAAACUAGAGAAAGAAAAUUUUAUUUUGGUUGUUAA